AUGGCAAAUUCUUCCAGCGCCAAAGCAACCUCCUUACGAGUCGGAGUCUUGCUUAUUCCUCCGGUUCAACUUCUCGAUGCAUCUCCCAUUGAUUUAUUCGGCAUGUGCAGUCCAGAAUAUCUCCAGGCCACAUCCCUUCCAAAACCUAUUCUCGACCUUGCAAUUCCUGUCUCGAUCCAUUACAUCUCCGCUUCUGGCCCUGGCACUACCGCUGAGCUUACGGCGAAUGCAUUCAUCAGCGUAACGGCGUCUUUAUCCUCUCCAGAAGUUCAACCAGGCGAGCUAGAUACACUUCUAAUACCUGGUCCAGAUCCACGUCUCCUCCCAGAUGACCACUACUUAGACUUCAUUCGUGCACAUGAAAAGGCUAGCAAGACUGAUAUUCUGGUUAUCUGCACUGGAAGCUUUGCAGCAGGAUAUGCUGGGAUUCUAAAUGGCAAGCGAGUUUCAGGGCCAAGAGGCCUCCUGCCUGACUUGAAGAAGAAAUUUCCUCAGGCAAGAUACGUGGAACGGAGAUAUGAGACCGAUGGAAGAUUAUGGUCUGCUGGUGGCAUCACAAAUGGGCUUGACCUCGCCGCAGCAUACUUACACUACAAAGUCCAAACAGAGCUAGCGGACGUGGUAUGUGCCAUGGCAGAAGUCGGUGACCGUGGACAGGACUAUGAUACUGGAAAAGCGGGUAAUUUGCUAUGGUGGAUAUGGUUGAUUCUGAGGUCUGCGGUAAAGGGGAGCAAAGCCGAGAAAACGAAGAAAGUAUAA